UUUCGCCUCACGCAAAAUUUUCGCCUUACCGCUCUUUUUCCUCUUGCUCACCAAAAGCCCUAACCCUAAUCCUCCUUCUCCCUCCAACGGUUCCAAGAGCUGAAACCCUAAUCCUAACCCUAACCCUAACCCUAGCACUAAGAUUUGGAACGAGAUGAGAGGGAGGAAGAGGGCGGCGCCGAAGAAGAGGGCGGCGGAGGAGGAGGAGAAGAAGAGGGAGGAAGAGGGCGGCGGCUGCGGAGGAGGAAGCAGCAGCGGCGGCGACAGCAAGUCGCCGGAGGAGCUGAAGAAGGAGUCUACCACGAAGGGCGCCAGCAGGGGGAAGCGCGUCAAGGCGCCGCCGAAGCCGAAGCAGGAACCCGAGUUCUUCCGCGAGAAGAGGAAUCUGGAGGACUUGUGGCAAGCAGCUUUCCCUGUUGGAACUGAGUGGGAAAAUAUGGAUAAGCUUCAAGAGAUCAAUUGGAACUUCUCAAAUCUAGAGGAUGCAUUCGAAGAAGGUGGAGAGCUUUACGGAAAGACGGUCUACUUGUUUGGUAGUACUGAACCCCAACUCUUAGUUGUAAAUGGCGAACAGAAAGUCAUACUAAUACCCAUUGUGGUGGCUGUGGUUUCCCCUAUUCCGCCAUCUGAUAAGAUUGGCAUAAAAUCUGUUCAAAGAGAGAAUGAAGAAAUAGUACCGAUGAAAGCAAUGAAAAUGGCCUGGGUGCCAUAUGUUCCUCUAGAGAACCGGCAAAGUCGGGUUGAUAGAUUGAAAACUCAAAUAUUCACACUGGGCUGCACUCAACGAAGAUCUGCUCUGAAGCACUUGAAAACUGAGCGUGUCAAACAAUAUGACUAUUGCCUUCCUUAUUUCCAGCCUCUGAAAGCUGAUGAUGAUGAAGAAGACACAGUUGUUAACAUUAUGUUCCCCUUAGAACCUCCGGUUGUUUGCGAUUUUGACUGGGAGUUGGAUAAUCUGGAGGAUUUUACUGAUGAACUUAUCAAAGACGAGGCAUUACCAGAAGAUCAGAAAGAUGCAUUCAAGGACUAUGUAAAAGAGCAAGUAAGAGAGACGAAGAAAACGCAAAAGCAGGCUAGAGAAGCCAGGAGAAAAGCUAUUGAAGAUAUGGAUCCAAAGACAAAAGCCGCAUUUGAGAACAUGCGGUUUUAUAAGUUUUACCCUGUACAAACACUAGACACACCUGAUAUAAGCAGUGUAAAGGUUCCCUACAUAAACAGAUAUUACGGGAAAGCCCAUGUUGUAAUGUAAUAAAAAAUCUGGCUGAGUCGGUUGUUUAACAACACUCUCCAGUAUUUAUCCUUCUCUUGGGAAGAUUUUCGAAGCCAGAGUUUUGAGAUCGGAACAGCAGUGGAGUCUUCGAUUCGUCAAUGGUGAAACCAGUUCUAUUGUCAUUUUGCAGAGUACAUUUCACAGUAUUUUAGUUAUUAUGAUAGCCCUAAAAAUAUUCUUUUAUCCUGUAGCAGCUCGGGCCAUACUUUUGAAUGUGAGGUGAUCUGUAAAUUACCGGCAGAAAAGGAUUGGAAAAAUUCAUUGUUUUCUUUGGCAGUUAAUCACUACACAUGCAAUGUUUAAGAUCAGACGAUUUUCCUCCCUUUUUUUUAAAAAAAAUUGAGAUUUUUCUUUGAUAUGUUGUGGAACCAAAUAAAGCUAUGUUGUUUACCACUA